AUGCGAGAUUGGAGCAAGAAACGUGGAUUGUCCAUAGAGGAGAAGAAGCAGAAGGUCCUCGAAAUUUUUCACGAGUCCAAGGAUGUCUUUGUCCUAAAGGAUCUGGAGAAAUCGGCACCAAAGAGGGGAGUCAUAUCUCAGUCAGUCAAGGAGGUACUGCAAGCGCUUGUGGACGACGACUUAGUGCACCAGGACCGCAUUGGCGCGUCCAACUUCUUCUGGUCCUUUCCCAGUGAAGCUGCUGUGAAGCUCAAGAAUGACGUCCAGCAGAAGACGCGGCAGCUGGCAGACCAAGAGAACGAGAUUGCCUUGAUAGGAGAAAAGAUACAGGAGAGCAGGAAAGGCAAAGAGGACUCGGAUGAUCGGGCGGCAAAACUAGCAGAGAUGCAGCAGCUUGAGAUUGAGCUGAGACUGGCCAAGCAGGAGUUGGCGCAGUAUGCAGACAGCGAUCCCCAAAAACUGGAAGCAAUGAAAAAUGCUGUGGACGUUGCAAAGAGCGCAGCAAACCGAUGGCUGGACAACUCGUGGGCUCUGCAGACCUGGUGCAAGAAGCGAUUUGAGGGCAUGGAGGACUCCCUGGACUCUUUUUUCAAGGAGAAUGGGCUGACAGAUGACAUAGACUACGUCACCUGA